AUGCCUCGUAUAUUUGCUGAGCCGAUUAUUCAUCACAGUGAUAUUGAUGUCAUGAUUGAAAUGGGUCAUCCUUUACAUAAACGACAAGUCGGAGAAACCAGAUCACUCGAACAGAAAAUCGGCGAAAUCAUUCCAAAUGACCCUGUAGACAAUAGCUGA